AUGACUACCAGUACUGAAUACGAAGCCAUCGUUGUUGGGGCAGGUGCUAUUGGGCCAGCUAUUGCUGUUGGGCUAGCUAGACAAGGUCGUAAAGUCCUACUCGUUGAGAGAGAUUGGAGAGAACCUGAUAGAAUUGUUGGUGAGUUGAUGCAACCAGUUGGUUUGAGAGCUUUGAGAUCUCUUGGAAUGGUUCAAGCCAUCAACAACAUUGACGCUACACCAGUGGAAGGAUAUACAGUGUUUUAUGAAGGUCAAAAAGUUCAAAUACCUUACCCAUUCAAAGCUGAUGUUGCACCAUAUAAACCUUUGAAGAACUGUGUUUUCGAUGGUAAUGACAAAGUGCUUGAUGAUUCUACUUUAUCUAGAAAAGUGUACGAAGAAGGUGAAAGAGAAAUGGGUGUUUCUUUUGAACAUGGUAAAUACAUUUCAAAUCUAAGAAACAUAGCAAAGAAUGAAGGUCUGAUUACACCAUUAGAAGCCACUGUCACUGGUAUCAUACAAGAUCAAACUGGUGUUCACGGUGUUAAAGUCAACUUACCAAACAAUGAAAAGAGAGAAUAUAGAGCUGCUCUUACUGUUGUUUGUGAUGGUAUCUUUUCUAAGUAUAGAAAGACUCUAGGGGAAUCACAUGUACCAACCGUUAAUUCAGGUUUCAUUGCCUUGAAAUUAAAAGAUGCUGAUGUUCCAGUAAAAUACACUGGUCAUGUUAUCUUAGGUGGCUCAUUCUCACCUGUGCUUGUUUACCAAAUCACACCAACAGAUACUAGAAUGUUGUGCGCAUAUAAUGGACCAAAACCACCAAAAGAUAUUAAAGGUUAUUUACAAAAUGAAGUCUUACCAAACUUACCAAAAGAAUUACAUCCAUCAGUUAAGGAAGCACUAAAAGACCAAAUUAAAACACAUCCAAACUCAUAUUUACCAGCAAGACAAAAUGAUAUUCCAGGUCUUUUAGUCAUCGGUGAUGCAUUGAACAUGAGACAUCCGUUAACUGGUGGUGGUAUGAGUGUUGGUUUAGGUGAUACCAUCUUAGUCUUGAAACUUUUUGAAAACAUCAAAAACCUUGCAGAUCGUGAAGCUGUUAAUGAGGCACUUUUAGAGUUCCAUUACGAAAGAAAACAUUUGGAUACUGUUGUGAAUGUCCUAUCUAUUGCAUUAUUCUCGUUAUUUUCAGCUGAUAGUGCGAACUUGAGAAUCCUACAAAAAGGUUGCUUCAGAUAUUUCCAAAGAGGUGGUGAUUGUGUUUCUAUCCCAGUUGGAUUCUUGAGUGGGUUAUUACCAAGACCAUACUUGUUGACAUGGGUGUUCUUCAAAGUUGCAUUCUAUUCAAUUGCUUGCAAUUUCGGUGACAAUGGUCUAGUGCUACUACCAUGGUCUAUCAUUCAAAUCUUUACAAUUUUAUUCACUGCUGCUGCUGUGUUCACUCCAUACUUGUGGAAAGAAUUCUUCAAUUGA